AUUUUUCUUUUUUUUUUUUGGUGAUAUCAAACAAAAAUAAAUGACAGAUCUCAAGCCAGGUGAAGAGCCUCCUUUUGGCUUGUCUGUUAACGAAUGGGCCUUUUAUCAAUAUGUCUUUGCUUCACCAAAGGGUAUUAAAUUCACGGAUCGUCCUGAAUCUAUGGAUAUUCAAGAUGCAUAUACUGCAAUGAACUCACUAUUGAAGAAGAAUGCAUUAGAAAUCAUAACCGUAAAUAAUGAAAAUAUGCUCAAGGCUAUUGAUUUAAGAGAUGCUGAAAAAGCAAGUAAAUUAAAUGAUGAUGCUCGUCUAGUCUACAACACGAUUCGUGCUGCAGGAAAUAAUGGUAUUUGGACAAAGGAUUUGAAAAAGGCAACCAACCUUCAUACUAUCGUACUCAACCGUACACUCAAACAAUUGGAACAAAAGCAAGAAAUCAAGGCAGUAAAGCAUGUCAAAUAUCCUACGCGUAAAAUAUACAUGUUGUUCAGUUUGACACCAUCAAGUGAAGUUACCGGUGGUGCUUGGUAUACGGAUCAGGAACUUGAUACGGAAUUUAUCGACAGCUUAAAGACAGCUUGCUUAAAGUAUAUUGCAUCAAGAAGUUUUCCACGUAUUGAAGGUGUGCCAGAUGCAGUAUUUGGAGCUGAACAUGAACAUUAUCCCACAGCUACUGAAGUGAGACGUUUUAUCACAGAGUCUCGUAUUUCUUCAAUCGAUUUGUCAGUCCAGGAUAUUACGAGCAUAUUGGACUUACUUGUUUAUGAUGGUGACGUGGAAAAGAAGAUGCCCUUCAUGUCUGGAAUGGAAGAGUUUAGUGAUGAUGAAGAUGAUAACGGGCAUGAUACUUCUGUCCAAUGGUCAUAUAAAGCCGUCAGAAAAGCAGUCAGUCGAUUACCCACAGAAGCUGUGACAGAAACACCCUGUGGAAGAUGUCCAGUGUUUACUUUCUGCGUUGAAGACGGUCCGAUCUCUCCCUUUAACUGUGAAUACUUCAAGACUUGGCUAGAUUGGUAAAACAGAUACCGUCUUGAAACCUUUUGUAAAUAAAACAAUAUUG